GACGGGUCCCCCCCGCAGACGGCGCGGCUGCCCAAGGUGCCCCGGUGGGCGGCGCUGAGCCUGGAAGCAGCGGGUUGAAGGCAACGUGUUGAAGGGGCGCUGCUGCUCAUGAUAUUGAAUAUAAGUUCUGUGUCAUGGAUGACGCUGCUUUGUCACUUGGAGCAAUAGAUGUUUCCUAUUCUUCUUCCUUGGCAGAAUGCACUGUGACUAGAUGUAAACACUCCAGUGAAGAAUGGGGAGAGUGCAAUUCUAGGCCUACUGUCUUCCGAUCAGCCACUCUGAAAUGGAAAGAGACCCUACUUGGCCGGAAUCGGCCCUUUGUGGGGCGCUGUUGCUACGUAUGCACUCCUCAAAGCCGGGACAAGCUCUUUAAUGCUAGUAUCCCUUCUUUGGGCCUUCGAAAUGUCAUCUAUAUUAAUGAAACACACACAAGGCACAGAGGUUGGCUUGCCAGGCGACUCUGUUAUGUUCUUUUUGUGCAAGAACGGGAUGUUCAUAAGGGUAUGUUUGCAAAUAAUGUGACAGAAAAUGUGCUGAAAAGCAACAGAGUGCAGAAUGCUAUUGCACAGGAAGCUUCAGAAAUGUCUGCUGUGAGUGGCUCUGGUCAGCCAGACCCCAGAAACGUCAACAAAGUCAAGAAGCAAGCUAGAAAAAUUCUGCAGGAAAUGGUAGCAAAUGUCUCGCCUGCUUUGAUCAGGUUAACGGGAUGGGUGUUGCUGAAAUUAUUUAACAGCUUUUUUUGGAAUAUCCAGAUUCACAAAGGCCAAUUGGAGAUGGUGAAAGCAGCAACAGAGCUGAAUUUGCCGCUUAUAUUUCUACCUGUUCACAAAUCUCAUAUUGACUACUUGCUUCUCACGUUCAUUCUUUUCUGUCAUAACAUCAAAGCACCGUACAUUGCUGCAGGGAAUAAUCUGAAUAUCCCCAUUUUCAGCACUUUGAUCCACAAGCUUGGAGGGUUUUUUAUACGGAGAAAAUUGGAUGAGAGGCCCGAUGGACGUAAAGAUAUUUUGUACAGAACCUUGCUGUAUGUGCAUAUCCAAGAGUUGCUUCGCCAGCAGCAGUUCUUAGAGAUAUUCCUGGAGGGCACCCGGUCCCGGAGUGGAAAGACAUCCUGUGGAAGGGCAGGCCUUUUAUCAGUAGUGGUGGACGCUCUGUAUUCAAAUGCUACUCCAGACAUCCUAAUCAUACCCGUGGGAAUAUCCUAUGAUAGAAUCAUUGAAGGCCACUACAACAGUGAACAGCUGGGGAAGCCCAAGAAGAACGAAAGCCUUUGGAGCGUGGCCAGAGGAGUCUUCCGAAUGCUGCGGAAGAAUUACGGCUGUGUUAGGGUAGAUUUUGCUCAACCGUUUUCUCUGAAAGAAUAUUUGGAUGGCCAAAGCCAGAAACCUAUGCCUGUGCCUAUCCCUCUUUCCCUGGAGCAAACUCUCUUACCAGCUGUACUCCCUUCAAGACCUAAUUAUGUGGUAGAAGAAGGUACAGGAGCUGCACUUCCUGAUUCCAGGGAUUUAUCCUGUGAACCAUUGAGAAGACAGUUAAUCGCUAACUUGGCAGAGCACGUAAUGUUCACUGCUAACAAGUCAUGUGCUGUGAUGUCAACACACAUUGUUGCCUGUUUGCUGCUCUACCGACACAGGCAGGGAAUUGAUCUUUCCAAGCUGGUGGAAGAUUUUUUUUCCAUGAAGGAGGAGGUUCUGGCUCGGGACUAUGACUUGGGAUUUUCCGGGAAUUCUGAAGAUGUUGUCAUGCAUGCUAUCCAUUUGUUGGGGAACUGUAUAACUAUCACAAACACCAGCCGAAACAACGAGUUCUUCAUCACACCCAGCACAUCCAUUCCUACUGUUUUUGAACUCAACUUCUACAGCAACGGGGUACUGCAUGUCUUCUUCAAAGAAGCCAUUGUUGCUUGUAGUCUCCAUGCUAUACAGAAUAAAAGGCACAGAAAUGGCAUCAACGGAAUCCCACCAAACAUGAUCAGUCAGGAACAACUGGUCCGAAAAGCUGCCAGCUUGUGUUACUUGCUUUCCAAUGAAGGCACUAUUGCACUGCCCUGCCAGCUGUUAUGCCAAGUGUGUCAUGAAGCAAUUGAACAGUUCAUACAGUAUGGCAUUCUUUUGGUAGCGGAGCAGGAUGAGCAGGAGGAUAUUAGUCCUAGCCUUGCAGAGCAGCAUUGGGAAAAGAAACUCCCAGAGCCAUUAUCUUGGAGGAGUGACGGGGAGGAUGAAGACAGUGACUUUGGCGAAGAACAACGAGAUUGCUACUUGAAGGUGAGCCAGUCUCAGGAGCACCAGCAGUAUAUCACCUUCCUUCAGAAGCUACUAGGACCAUUACUGGAGGCGUACAGUUCUGCUGCCAUCUUCAUACAUAACUUCAAUGGUCCUGUCAGGGAAUCGGAAUAUCUUCAAAAAUUACACAGAUACUUAAUAACACGAACAGAAAAGAACGUUGCAGUAUAUGCUGAGAGUGCCACCUAUUGCCUUGCAAAAAACGCAGUGAAAGUCUUUAAGGACAUGGGGGUAUUUAAGGAGACAAAGCAGAAGAGAGAUUCUAUUUUGGAGCUGAGCAGCACUUUUCUACCUCAUUGUAAUCGGCAAAAACUACUAGAAUUCAUUCUGGGAUUUGUUGUACUGUAGAACAUUUCGGGUUGACUUUGUCUGCCAGCAAGAAGUUGGUAGACUUGGAGAAUGUGACACAAAGCUUUUGCUGCUUCCAUAAUGUGUAUAGUGCCAUUUGUGGGUAAGGCUUUAUCUGACCCAAACCACUGGAAGACAAGUGCCUUCAUACAUAUGCAUGUCUGGAACUACAAGAUUUGGUAACCAAGUCAAACACAACAUCUUGGAUGCAAGAGAAGAGCCAUUAAUGGGAAAAACACGCAAACACACACAGAGACACACACUAGUUUUUACAUGUAUCCAAUGUUACAUUUGUUUCAAGACUAAUGACUGUGACAAAUGCACAAACAUAUAUACCAGCAAUCUGUCAUUUUAAUACAUCAGUUCUGAAUGUCAUUUAAACUCCAUGUAAUGUGGGAACUUUGCAAAAGCCUUGUCAACAAGACCUACCCAUUGGUCUCAUUAUUUCAAACUGUGAGAAUUUUAGGAGAAUUGAAUGCAGGUUGUCUUUUUUUCUGUUGGUGGGGGGGGGGGGAGAGGCGUUUGAUGUGUGUUGUUGAUUACUAUGGCAACACACUAAAUAAAAUAAGACUAACUGCCAGUAUCUUAUUAAGGAUCAGUUGAAUAACUACCAAUGACACAGUGGCAGAAUGAACAAGUAUUAUUAAGAUAUAUUAAUAGAGAAGUUACACGUUAGAAUAUUAAAUAUCUGAAUCACUAGCAUUUUGCACCCAAAUUGCAAAAACACUUGACUUUUACUUUGAACCAGAAGGUUUGCAUCAUUUCGCUACUUGCUAGCAUAUUGAUCUCUAAAAUGAUUAUAGUCUAAGCUCUCUAAAUUUCAAAAAUAGCACUAAAGUUGUUUCAUAAGUUAACUAGCUCAUUCCAGUCCUGACUAAUUUUGAGUGGGAGAAUGAGUCUAGAACAUAAAAAUCUUGCAAGCAUAGGCUAUUCAAGCAGAUGCAUAACAUGGGCAUGGAGGUCUAAAUUAUGCUAGAUUAAUAUUGCAAUCCUCUUGGGUAAUAGUAUAGAAGGCAAUGACGUUUCACAGAGUGGAUUAUCACCAAAUUCACUCCUUUGAUAAGCAAUAAGCAUGGCAUUUUUAUUAAGAGAAAUUGGGUAUCUUCCCCAUUUCUCCUUGUAUUACUAACAACACAACAAUCCUUUCCUUUUCUCCUUUUCAGUUUAAAGUUGGGAGCUUGAUCAUGAAAAUACCUUUUAGCUGCCAGCUUUUAAAAAAAUUUUUUAAAGCAUGCCGAAGUGAUAACAGCACUGCACAUUAACUCCAGCACAGAACUUCUGUGCCGUUUUAGACUGCGUGUUUACUCCACAUUUGUUAAAAGUAAUGUUUUCUAUAACUCUGUUUAUGGUUUAAAACAAUUAAUGGAUCACAAUAUUUUUGUCAGUAUUCCCAUUCAAUUUCCUGUGAGAGGAACUGCUAUGCAUGUUUCCCAACAAUAAAUAGGUGCUUUGAAUUUUUUUAAAGAUGAAUUUCUGAACCAAAGUUGCAUCAUAUCAGUGACAGCAGCGGGCAGCAAAUGUGAAAAAAGUAGUUUGUUCUUUUACCAUUUCCAGUAGAAUAGCAGCUGAAAUGAAAUCCAUUUGUUCUAAUAAAGCCAACUAGCUACUUAGAGCAAUUACAUCUCAUCCUUGCUAAUGUGCACUAUUUGUUUAAAACUGAAUGUAUUCUCCGAGUAGCAAUUUUUAAAGAUUGUUGAUGACUUCCAUUUUAAGGUCAGAUAAGUAGGUGCUUGUAAAUAAAUAACUUUCCCUUGUUUUACCACGCUUCAGUGAACAUUUUGGUGUAUGCUAGAAUGAAGAUUGUGUAUUUAAAUAAAUACAACCAAGCAAUAUAUUGCAGAUGAUGCUUGGCUAAUUUUAACGAGAAUGUUCUGCCUAAUUUUAAAGCAAUGAGGGGCUGGGAAUUAGUUUGAACACUAGAAAGUAAAAUAGCUUGUUGUCACUAAUGAUAAUAACUUACUACAUUAUUAAAAUGUUUCUGGGGGUACAGCAGUGUGCAUUUGAGUUGUGUUGGUAUGUGCAGUACAUUGUAAUUGCUGGAUGUGAGAGGGUGUUUUUCAGCGUAGGCUUCAUCAGCAGAGAGACUUUGCAUGUGCGGAAAUGUCAAGCUGUGAAUAUUAUGCUGGGAGGGGGACGUGGCUAUGCACCUACUUGCAUGUGGGCUGGUUUUGCUUUUCCGCAAAGGUAAAGCACAAAGUUCUUUUACAAUAAAGCUACUAAAUAAAAUUCUGCCUUUCUGGGGUUUAAUCCUACAAUCUUUCUUGCUGAUAGGUAUAAGGCAAGGUUUUUACUUACAUUUUUAAAAGUUAAGAUAAUCUGAUUCUGGAUCUGUAAUAAAGCUAGUUACAUUUUAUCACAAGUACAAUUGCAACUUGUACUUAGGGGAGUGUAGCUGUACAAGUUAGUAUAAAGACAUUCCAACUUACAUCAGUGGACUCUUGCUUGUUGGCUAAUAUGUAGAAUUUGUUCUCCGUAGGGAAAGGGUAACAUUACCUUUUAUAAUCCCAUAUGAAUGAUUUCUUAAGGAUAUGCAGCUUUCCUGCCACAGUAACAAUUGCAUUCUAAUGCUUUACAUUCUGAAGUGCAACACUUUCAUUUUUUUAAUCUAUUGCCUUGCCUGUACAGAUUUUUUUUAAAAAAGUAUUUGCAUGACAUUUUCAGCCAUAGAAGGCUUGAGGAGAAGAGUAAAAUACUGUAGCUGCUCUAUAAUUUUGCUUUGUGAAGCCAGGCACUGUCUUGAAGAAUGUUAACACAUUUCUUUUUCUGUUUAACAUUUCCUUCUGUACCUCUUGUAAGAAGCACAGAGCUGCAAAGUAAUUUUAUUUUAAUAAACAGUUUGAAAUUG